AUGAUACCGUGGAUCCACGUUGUUCGUGCCGUGCAAGUCGUUUUCGCCAUUAUCAUACUAGGGUUGACAGCAUACGUGGUCAGUACAUGGGAUGGAUGGAAUUACUCGAGCACAGUUGAUUUCAACCUCUUCACGAGCGUCUGGACAGCGUUCCUUGCGACCCCGUAUCUAACAGUCGCCCCUCUCCACGCGCCCAAUCUAGCACACCCCUUCGUAGUGUUGGGGGUGGAGGUGGUGACGAUGAUCUUCUGGUUUGCGGGCUUCAUCGCCCUUGGAGCCCAGUUGCCCCCGCCGGCGGCCUGUGUCUGGAGUACCUGUCACGCGCUUCAGGCCGCCACGGUCUUUGCCUCGUUUGAAUGGGCCCUCUUCGCCGUGACAAACUUCUUCGCUGUUCUUGAUGUCUUGAAUCACCGAAACAGCGGCGAAAGCGCCCAAAAAACACCGCACAACGCCCAUCUCGGGGUUUGA